GGUCUGUUCCGCACUGUUCCUCUUUCUCGGGUCAUGGCUGGUGCCCGCCUUAAUUUGAUUGCCUCGCCGGUUUGUUCUUGCGCGCUUUGUUGGGUAGUAGAGGUAGAGCACCCCUGUUUCGUCUCGUCGCCUUCCCUCUGGUUGCUAUAAGAGAGGUCUCCACAUGCUCCCUCAUGGCCGCUGUCACUUUGUGUUGGUGGGCUUGAUGGCUUUUUAAUCAGUUUCUUCCUCCCUCUUGCAUAGUAGUAUCUCUCUAAGCUUCGCCCAAGCACAACACUGCGAGAUCUUGGCAUCUUGAGAUUUGCAAGGGGAGAAGAUAAGAUACGGCGCGGGGGAGGAAUGUGGACUGCUUGUUUAUGCUGAUCGAUGCCGCGCGCGUUCGACACAAGAUCCUGCCUGCGUGAUUUUCUCCCUUUCUCGGUUUACCUGACCGGCGCGCGUGAACUGAAGAAACCACCAUCUUCCUCCUGUUAUAUAAACAAAUCCUCCAUCAGAUCAAGGAGCUAGGGCAGGCGGAUUAACAAAUCGGGGGGAGGUGGGGCUGUGUCAGCUUUGUGCUUUGUGGGUGUCCCUUCCCUUCCCCAGCUCCAUUGUUUACUCCCCCUGAGGUGCCUGUGCUCCUCCACCGUCUACGGCAGCGGCAAACACCGGCCCGCAUAAGUAGGCUCGGGGUGGAGUGUGCCUCAAGGACCGGCCGGCCCCUGCCCCUGCCCUGCCCUAUUUCUUUUGUGUUUUGUUUCCGUUGUACCAACGAUCUCUCCCGGGCCGGCCAGGGCACGUUGCAAUAUUCCAUCUUCCUUCCGCCGUUGCCAGCAGCAGCCACCGCCCACCGGCCUUGCCUAGAGGGUGUCUGUCAACUUGCUUCUGUUCCUUGUACUUGCUGUUUGCCCUCUGGACCCGUUGCUGUUCUUCUUCUUCUACUGGUGCUCUGGUCUCUGUGUGACCGCAUUGGCCUCUGUGAGAAGUGAGACAAGCUGCUCUAAGCUGGUCGUCCUUCAAGUCUUUGGUUCAGGAUGAAGUUCAUGAAGCUUGGAUCCAAUCCGGACACCUUUCAGGAUGAUGGGAGCCAAGUCAGUAUUGUGGAUUCUGAAUUGGUGAGCGAUAUCACUGUUCGUCUAGGGACUACAAAGUUUCACCUUCACAAGUUUCCACUUCUAUCCAAGUGUGCUCGCUUUCAGAAGUUGAUCCCAACUACUGGUGAUGAAAAUAUUGAUAUCCACAUCCAUGACAUUCCUGGUGGCCCAAAAGCUUUUGAGUUAUGUGCCAAGUUUUGCUAUGGCAUGGUUGUCACACUUAAUGCCUACAAUGUUAUUGCUGCUCGCUGUGCUGCGGAGUACUUGGAGAUGAAUGAAACCGUCGACAAGGGUAAUCUAAUUUACAAGAUUGAUGUCUUCCUCAGCUCAUGCAUAUUCAGGAGUUGGAAAGACUCUAUUAUUGUUCUUGGAACUACAAAGGCUCAUUUACCAUGGUCAGAGGAUCUCAAGCUGGUUAGCCAUUGCAUUGACUCCAUUGCUUCAAAAGCCUCUGCUGACACUUCCAAGGUUGAAUGGUCGUAUACGUACAAUCGCAAGAAGCUCCCAACUGAGAAUGACCUCGAUUCGCAAUGGAACGGAGUCAAGAAGCAGCAGUCUGUGCCAAAGGAUUGGUGGGUUGAGGAUCUCACAGAUCUCGACAUUGAUUCCUACAAGCAAGUCAUAACAGCAAUCAAGACAAUGGGUAUGGUGCCAAAGGAGGCUAUCGGUGAGGCAAUCAAGGCAUACACAUACAAGAAGCUCCCGUCGUUAAGUAAGGUCUCAAUGAUACAUGGUGAUGCAAAGGUCCGAGCGAUGCUAGUUACCAUCACAUGCUUGCUGCCAUCAGAGAAAGGCUCAGUCUCAUGCAGCUUCCUGCUGAAGCUACUCAGGGCAACCAAUUUGCUUAAGUGUGGAGAGAUGUGCAGGAAAGAGCUUGUGAAGCGCAUUGGGCGACAACUGGAUGAAGCAUCCGUGUCAGAUCUUCUCAUUCCUACAGUCGAUGGAGAGACAACUGUUUAUGACAUUGACAUGAUCCUUAGCAUUGUUGAAGAGUAUGUCAGGCAAGACUGCAAAAAUGCCCAGAAACAUAAUGCUGAAUUGAACGGUCAUGUCCAAGCACCUAGUGCAUCUAUGAUUACAGUAGCAAAAGUUGUUGAUGGAUAUCUCACCGAGGUUGCAAAGGACCCAAAUACCCCUGUUUUGAAGUUCAUUCAUCUUGCUGAAGCAGUUUCAGGCAAUUCAAGGCCGUUCCAUGAUGGGCUAUACCGAGCCAUUGACACGUAUCUGAAGGAGCACCCAAGCUUAAGCAAGAGCGACAAAAAGAAACUUUGCUGCCUCAUGGACUGCAAGAAGUUGUCACCUGAUGCAUGCGCUCACGCUGUCCAGAACGAGCGUCUGCCUCUGAGAACUGUGGUUCAGGUUCUAUACCAUGAGCAGACAAGGGCUUCCGCAGCAGCAACCGUCCGAGCUGACAGCAUAUGCAUCGGCUCCUACGAAAGCUCAAGGUCAGGAGCCACAACGAACACUGAAGAUGAGUGGGAUGGAGUCAUAGCGGUGGAAGAACUCAGUCUGUCGAAGACUACAAAGCUAGACAAAUGUGACAGCGCUGAAAAGAGCCACGGCAGCAGCAAGAGCACCACCAAUGGCAAGGUGAAAGGCGGCGCGACACCAAAGAAGGUUCUCGGGAAGAUGCUGUCGAGCAAAGGGCUGACCGGGGAGCGGAGCAGCUCGGACUCAUCCGACAGCGCCAUCUUGCGGAGCCAGGAUCAUCCAAAGAGGACUCCCUCCAGGAGCACGAAGCCGGCUGCUGCAUAGUCCCUGCAUUUCACCAAAGAGUGGUGCUAGGUUUUAGCUUCUGUUAUCUCUUCUUCCUUAUGAAUGUUGCAUAGAUGCAAGAACUACUGUUUCACAAGCAGUCUGUAGGGAUGUUAUAAUGUCAGGUCUGCUUUUAGGAGGAUCUUAUUAGCAUGUGGGCUUGCCAUGAAACCUGUGAGGCCUUUGGUGCUACUAUGAGGUUUUAUGCCAUUCCCUCCUAGUAGUUAUAACAGGCCUACUGUGUUAGAACCAUAAUCGUUUUUGUCA